AAGUAUUUGUUGUAUGGAGAGAAGUGGGGGAUAACUGAAAGCAUGGCGGUCAUUCAUCCCUUAACUUCCAAUCUCAACCUGCAAAUCAACACACAAUUUACACACCUGAAAUCAGAAACCCUAACUAGAAGCAGACUCAAUUUCAGACCUCUAAUCGCUCGCUCUUGCUUGAAUCACAGCAAUGUCGUGCUCUUUGAUGCUGCUAAACACACGGUGGACACAUAUCUACAAAGUGGCAUGGUGGUUGGAUUAGGGUCUGGUCUAGCCUCAUCUAUGGCAAUAGAGUAUUUGGGUCAGAAACUUCGUGUCGGUCUACUAAAAGGCAUAGUUGGAAUUCCCACUUCUGACCGUAUUGCAAGUGAAGCAGAAAAGGCAGGAAUACCUCUGCAACUGUACCAAGAUAGUACACAAAUUGAUUUUUCAUUCAAUGAUGCUGACAUAAUGGAAGAAGGAAGCCUAAAUGUAGUCAUUGGUCGUCAGAGACCUCAGGGUGAGGAGUCUAUAAUUGAAGAGAAGAAAAUAUUAGAUGUGACGGAGAAUCUUGUUAUAAUGGUCAAAGAGAAACAGUACAAAACGGCUGUUGAGGGUUCAAUUCCUGUUUUAGUUAACUCUGUCAGCUGGAUGGACACUGCUGAAGAGAUCGAUGACCUCUUUGUCGGUGAUGCAGAGGUAUGGAGAAGACCAUCUAUGGGGCAUGCCGAUCCAACGGGAGGCAAUUUUCCAUUGGUCACAACAGACGGACAUAAUAUUCUCGAUGUCAUAUUUACAACUCCUAUACCGAACCUUGCUGAAGUAGCAAACCUCCUUAACAGCAUAGAUGGUGUUGCAUGUCAUGGCAUUAUAACUAAAACACCCUGUACUGCAGUGAUCGCUACAGAAUCAGGGCUUCGCAUAAUUGAAACUAGCAACGUGAGAAGCGUUUAAAACCUACAUGUACGCUUUCAUCUUUAACAUCUAAUGAUCUAUUUGCAUAUAGAACAAAUACACCUGCAUUUAAGUGGUAAUGAGCUAUAGAUUAUUGCAAAGAGGAAAGGCUCAAUAUCAUUUUGAUGGAAUUUUACGUUAUCAUAUCAUCAUUUACUUAGGGAAGUAAUAAUAUUGUCAAUUCCAUU